UCUUCAUCCCCUGAUUCCUAGUUUUUGAGCUGUUCUGCCUGCUUAUCCAACAUAUCCAGUACUAAAACGGUUACAGAGGCGGAACUAUCCAGCAGUGUGACACGAUGGUGACAACACCACCCUCUUAUACCAAAGUCACUCACUCCGCCACCUAUCCCGGCAUCAAUCCAACUCAGCCCGGCCUCUCUACAGGAGGCAAGGUUGUGUUGAUUACCGGAGCGUCUGGCGGCAUCGGCCAGGCCACUGCCUUAUCCUUUUCUGCCUCGGGACCCCGAGCCCUCAUCCUCCUGGGUCGUCGUGCCGAAGCCCUGACGGAAACCGUCAAGAUCAUCGGCACGAACCAUGCAGAGGUGACAGUUCAGGCCCAUCAAGCCGACCUUGGCGAUGCUUCUAGUGUCCGCAAUGCCAUGGACAAGGCGGCUGCGGAUUUUGGCAGCAUCGACAUUCUCGUGCACUGUGCAGGCGUACUGGCUCCGGUUGUUCCCCUUCUGGAGGCGGAUCCAGCCACCUUCCUGGACGGCUACAAGACCACGGUCGUCGGUACGCUGGUGGCGGCGCAGGCUGUGGUCCUCGCAAACAAGGCCGUUGCCAACGAAGACAAGCCGAUCACCUUCAUCAAUCUGACCACAGCCGGCAUUCUGUUCCCCCCGUUCCCCGGUAUGGGUGCCUACGUGAGCAGCAAAAUGGCUGCCGUGAAGCUUCUCCAGGCAUUUGCCGCCGAAAAUCCGCAAGUGCGCCUUCACAAUGUACAUCCGGGACUCCUCGAAACGGCCAUGGCAGCCAAGCUGGCGGAGUCAAUCCAAUUGCCAUAUGCAUAUGACGACAUCUCUCUUCCUGCAGACUUCCUUGUCUGGGUUGCCUCCCCCGAGGCAGCAUUUCUCAAAAACAAGAUCGUUUUCGCUUCCUGGGAUGUUGACGAACUCAAGGCUCGCGAGAAGGAGAUUGUCGGUGGCCCGCCGGGAACUGGUGAGCUCGGGCUCGGCCACCAAGGAUUUCCACGAUUCUUGGCUGGCCAGCCUUUGCCUAACACGCAGUAGAUAGUCGUGACUUGUUCGCAGAAUGGGGAACUCGCAGGAAGGGUCCAAUUAAUCGGUUACUAAGCUUAGACACUCAGUUAUUAUGAAAAGUAGCCAUUAUACAUCCUCACCUGAAAGUAUUGUCCCCGAGCCCCUAUGUAUGAUAGCAUUUCAACUCAACAGCCCGAGCGUCUUGCGAC